ACAGCCACAUCACUUGAUCGAUCUACGCAUUUUAUCCUCAACUGUCAUGACUGACUCAAAUUCUCGCAUAUCCAUUUCUGUCGCGAAUAAAAGAGGUUUCAUCUGGGAGGUCGACGAUAUUGCGAUGCUUCGGUCUAAACAUCGCAUUUGCGGUAUUCUGACCGGCACUCUUCCGCAUGUCUCCCAACAAAACGUUUUCCUUGGUGUUCCCUUGCUGCUUAUGCCAGAGGAAGUGUUUUUGCUAGUAGACAAUGGCUCAGCUGUCCUUGUCGACGAUCCACGCGCAUAUCCCGAGCCUUCACUCGAGCAUCUCAAAGAAUGGGAUUCAGCACGUCUAGAGUCCAUCCAAAAACAAAUCAAUAUAUCUGAAUCACUCAAAGAUGCUUCAAACCCCAAUACGCGUUCUAUGUCGGAGGAAGCCAUCAGGAAGAGACGCGAGCGAGAACAGAAAAAGUCAAAACCUGUGGAGGAGGAGACAGAACCCAUCCCCAAAGAACCUAUUCUCGGUCAUCCAGCCCAUAACAUCAUUAUCCCUGCAUCAUCCUUGUCCACGAAAUGGUACUCUCCUGAUGCGUGCACCUAUGCCUCCAUUGAUUCCGCCAAGGCGGCCGGAAUAUGGGAUUAUCCUUCAAAUCUCCAUGAACGGGCUAAAUGUGGGGUUUUCAGAAGUUUGUGGGAGCAGGGAUAUUUCAUGGGCGGAGGUAUCAAGUUUGGCGGAGAUUAUCUAGUAUAUCCAGGUGAUCCCAUGCGAUAUCACUCUCAUUUCACUGCUACGGUUAUCGAUGCCCCCUUGUCUGCACUCCAGCCAAUGGAGAUUGUUGCUCAUGGACGUCUGGGUACUGCUACGAAGAAAGCACAUCUCCUUUGUUGCUGGGAUGAUGAGAAAAAGGAAGUGACAACGAUGUCUAUUGAAUGGGCCGGAUUUGGUUGAAAAAUGCUUCUACAAGUUGUAUGGUAUUAUGCUAUUACUAUUAGA